CACCAUUUUUUAUAAUUUUACCGUUUAUUUCUCGCUUAUUUGUUUUUUUUUUUGUAACAGGAGAGAGAGCCAUUGAAAAUGGUGAACCACUCCAGGAAGAUUUUCGGUCUGUUUAAACCAGCAGCUCAGUGGUUUAACGACCAUGUGCGAGGUUCAGGGCUUAGCGGGCUCUGCAUGACCGGGUACACCACCAUCAGCACCGGCAUGCAGGGGGCAUUUGUGGAGCGCUGGCACAAGGAGACGUCUUCUUUCCACUUGCCGGUGGGGGAGUUGACGAUCACCUUGCAUGACGUCCAGUGUCUUCUCCACCUGCCUAUUAGGGGGCCGCUGUUGGACCACUCCAGGAUCCAGAGGGUCGAGGCCAUUGAGUGGAUGACGCUCUAUUUGGGCAUGGAGCACGAGGUUGCUCACUAUGAGUGCGUCACGACAUCUGGGCCUCACAUCCGGUUCACCACACUGAGCGCUUAUUUUGAGCACCACCUGGACGCGGCGGCCGAUGCCGGGCAGGAGGGUGACGAGCUAUUCACACAGUACCACCGCGGCUGCGCUCUCCGGUGCUGGUACAUGCAUGUGGUAGGCGCUGCAUGCUUUGUGGACAAGAGUGCCAGGUACGUCGACGUGGCCUACCUCCGCUAUUUCAUGGACCUGGAUACCGUUCACCAGUGGAACUGGGGGUCAGCUACUCUGGCAUAUCUCUACCAGAAGCUGAAUGAGGCCUCCAACUGGAGGACGAGGCAGUUGGUCGGAUCCUGCACACUGCUUACGAGCUGGAUCAUCUCCUACUUCUCCCGCAUCCACGGCUUUCACAUCGAUCCUGCGUACGUGGACGCCAUGCCCAGGGCCGCCAGAUACGCUCUCCAGAGGGGGAACGAUGCGGUGGGACCAUACCGUCUGUACUUGGACCGCACGAUGCACGACGACGUCACCUGGAGGCCGUUCGUCGACUACGCUCAGAUUGUCCCCUUUGACGGCAUUGCUCUAUAUUCAGGCUGGUUGGCAUGCGGGACCGGCAUCAUGGUUCGAUAUCUCCCUGAGCGGUGCAUGCGUCAGUUCGGAUUCGUGCAGCGGAUACCCAGGUCACCCUUUGAGGCUGCUCCCGACACUGUGACCCGAGUGCAGCUCACUGCCAUAUGGGAGCAUUGGGAGGAUCAUGUGGUACCGCUGGAGUACCGUCUCACUCGGGUCACCCAGGACUGGCACAGUGAGGAGGGAUACGUCACAUGGUUCUACCGGGUGUCACAUCCUCUUCUGAGACCCGACAUUCCCGGCGCUCCUAGGCCAGCACACGAGGAGAUCCUGGAGAACCAGCAGGCCGAGGAUGAUCACGCCAUUGAUCUCAUGCCGAUCUGCCAGCGGAUAUCGAUGCUUGGGCGGGACGCGUUGGAUCGAGGUAUCGUGGAGCGGGGCGGUCCAGAGGCAGUCGCCGUGAUGGAGAUGAUCGUCACUGAUGCGGACCGUGCGGCGACAUACAGGCGGCAGAGGAGGUCUCAGGGGGAGAGGUUUAGGCACACCCAGUAGUAGUCGGGUUUAUAUAUUUUUUGUUAUCGGAUUGUAUCUUUAGCACACUAUUUUUAUUUUUUUCGGUUUGUAUAUAUUAUUUUC